AAGAAUCGUGUGUAUAUAUAGUUUUGUGUUGGUACCGAAGCUUAAAUAUUGGUAAACACAAAAUGGAACUCAAAAUGCGUUGCACUGUGCUUCAUUUAUUUCUAUCACUUCUUCUAAUUCAUACGCAAAUCGAAGCCGUUGGUUCACUUAACCAGGAUUCUCUUCCAUCCGUUGAUCUAAAACGCCAUCAAAUAAUCACAAAAACGACAUUGUUUACGGCAGAUUUGAACCGAAGGCAACUUGCAGGAGGAGGCGGUGGCGGCCGUGGAGGAGGUGGAGGCUCUCGAAGUAGUUCUUCAGGUGGCAGAAGCAGUGGUGGGGGAAGUCGCGGAGGUGGCUCCGUCGGUGUCACUAGACCAUCUACGACUAAUACUCAAGGUGGACGGGUUCCAAGCAGUGGUGCUCGCCUUCAUUAUUCUGUAGCGAUGUUCUUCUUCUUGACCUGUUUGGUUAUCAUGUAUUAGACUCUAAAUGUUCUAAUUUUUUAGUGUUGCUUGUGUCUUUUUGUGGUUCUUUCAAUUUCAACUUUUUUUUUUGUAUA